GACACGACGAAUACGUGAACACAAUACAUGCAUUGGCAUAUUUCACACUGUAUCUGGUUAUAAUGUCAAGAGUAUGUGGGACAGAUCGAGCUGAUUUUACACAGAUGUCACAUUUCAAGUAUGGCCUCUGGCGAAAACUAUGGUCAUUUUCUUCUCCCGCUUACCAUGAACCAAGGUCCAAUAGAUGUUCAACUAGCUGAGCGUUUGUUUGCCCUUCGAUCUGAGCAUCUUCACAAACGACGACCAGAGCGUCAUGCCAUCAGAAACCUGCUUGCCAUGCUUGCCUUUCGACUGGGCCAUUUCGACAAAGCUUUGGAGUAUUUGGACAAAAUUCUCUCUCCUCUGGAAGACCCGAACAACUUGAACGCCCUAGCCAACCGACAGUACAUGUGUCAGAAUCUGUUCCGGGUCCAAGAAGCACGGGAAUGUGAGAAGAGGAUAGUCUGGUUGCUCACGGAUGGUGAUACGGAGGAGAUGGAGACAAGACGCAAGAAGCUGCGAGCACGUAGUCUGGCGGAACAGGCCUUCGCUUACUCCUUUGAACUCUUUGAGGAGUGCAUAUCUUUUGGGAGAUACCGUAAAUCGAUUGAACUCUACCAGACUGCCAUUGAGUUAGCAGGUAAUGUCAUUGAUAAGGAAGAGAUGGACGAGUGGAUCUUCACAAUCGGAGUGGCAUCUUUCAUUAUCUACAAGCGAAUCAAAUACGUUUCAAUGAGUGACGAAGCUAAGACACGGCUGCAGACAGCUAUCAACAGCUUUAUCCAAACUGUAAAUGAAUGUCAGGACAAGAAUUUUGUGAGUGAUGCUUGGAGGCAUCUUGGGGUUCUCUUCAAGCAAUCUGCCGAGCAAAAGCAGAGUUCACUUCUACCUUCCCUCCCAGACGACUUCCAAGAAUACGUGCGCAAACCGGGUCUGUGUUUUGAGAAGGCGUAUAGCGUCUCCCCGCACGAUCCGCGGAUUCUUGCAAGGCAUGCAGAAUACUGCAAAAACUCAGGGGAUAUCGAAAAGGCAUUGGAACUAGUGAACGAAUCGAUCCAGUUAAAUGCAACGGUCUUCAACCUCCAUGCGUAUUGCGUCAGAGCAUAUAUCUUGAUUGAACAAUACAAAGAACAGCUAACUAAUUUCAGAACACCAAGCUUAACUUUACUUGAAGAUGCAGAAAAAGAUUUAGCCGUAACUCUUCAAACAUUUGUUACACCUUGGCAUUUAGCAACCAUGGCAGAAGUCUUUUACCUCAAAGCACUGGAUCGUUGUGGCAACGUGAUAAAAGGAAAAGAAGGAACGAACAACCUGCAAGUUGCACUCACCUACUGUGCCAAAGCCGCGGCCUGCUACGGGGGUAAAAAAAGACCAGAAGUUCAUAAACAGCGUGGUGAAUGCCUCUGCGUCAUGGGUGAGCACCAGACGGCAUUAGGCUGCUUCAAGAGAGCCGUCGACUGCGAAAUUGCUAACCAGUUUUACAAGGGAAGCAUUGGGCGACUUGUCAUUGAGUAUGUUCACGUAUUACGCUACAGGUCAUCAACUCUUUCUUUUGAUCCGCCAUUCCUCGCUGACAUGGUUUACUGGCUACAGAAGGCAGCUGGUAUAUGUCUGUCCACAGGAUGGAUUCUGACGCAGCUCCAAAAUCUUCAACAGAUUCCAGGAUUUUGGAAAAUCUUUAUCGACUACUGUAUUAAAACUGGGCAUGGAGACGAUCUUGAAAGCAUAGAGCUAGCAGCUUGUGCCGAGGAAAGCCGUUGCAAAGUAUAUCGCCAACAUUCAUAUCCCACCUUGAAUGAGGAAUCUGUUUCGGAAUCCGUCGUUAGGAAGAGAUGCAAAAGUUUCCCAAAGGUUGGUUCCGUCUGUAUCGACACAUCACCAACGAUCCAAAAGACCCACGAAAUACGUCCGCAGUUGGUUACUGCUGCCUUAUCGUCUGUCAAUCUGGAAGCCUCAGGAGAAGUACAAGAGGAUAUUGUUUAUCUUAUAUAUAAUCUCAAAACUGGAAACAUACAUAUCCCUUCUAAAUUAUCUUCUGACAGUAUAACCAAAGAUGUCUCCUGCAAACAUGUCAAGCCAGCUCCCGAUAUAGCCUUCAAUCAGCAACUUCCCAACGAUUUCUUUGUCAUUUACAGCGACAGAGCCUCGGAAUGGGUCCAGCACAGUCUCCUGGAGGAACUAGAGAGAAAUCGCCUGAAGGGAUGCAUACGACAUCGCGACUUCAUCCUUGGAAAGCCGAAUCUCGAGAACUACUCGGACUGUAUAAAACAAAGUGUGUGCAUCAUUGUGGUGAUCACAAAGGACUUUGAGAAGGACCAAGGCUGUGUUCGGGGUAUGCUAAUGGCAAUGGAAGAAGGGAAAGUUGUGAUCUCUAUUUUACGGGAAUCGAGGGACCUUCCUCAACUACUUAAGCCGUACGCUGGUCUGGAUGCUACCGAUGGUACUGUUGACUGGGCUCGGCUGGAAAGAAACAUUGAACAACAGAUCAACUCUAACAUUAAAUACGACACUUAAAAAAUGCGAUCACUGGGGUGACACAAUAUAGAAAUAGCGCAAAUUCUCGAUGGAAAUGCUUUUAACAUAAACGUACUGUUCAUGCUCCCAAAUAUUUCAUUUUGUUUUCCGUGAACAAAAGCCAUCUGUCGGGGAAAAGUUCAUAUUCUCAAACUUUUAUACGCAGAUGAAAUAUAUCCAUUAGCACUACCUUUCAACUACUGGCUUUUCAGCAGACCAGACUUUUAUUAAUUUUUAAACUAUGUGCGAGUAUACACCUGCGGGUGUGUAGUUUCCGCGCUUUGAAUUUCGUGUCAGACUGUUACUUGGAAAUUAUUCUUAAGGGAAUAAAGACGCUUGUUUAUCUUUUGUUAGGCCAUAAGCGGAGUGC